AUGGCAAUGGACAAGGCCAACCAACUGCUUGAGCAACUGGGGCAUGGAAAUUUUACACUAUUAACAUUGAAUUUAUCUCAAAAUGGUCCGGAGGUUGCUAUUCUGCAGCAACAAUUGACCGGAUCCGAUGAUGGGCAUUUGGAGGCAUUAGUGGAACAACACGCGGCUAUGCCCAACGACACAAGAUUUAAAAUGAUGUGUACGUCGUAUCUAAAGUAUGCACGAGAUGUUGACCCAUGGUCGCUUUGGUCUAGCUCGGAUCUGAUAUUUGAAUUUUAUCAAUGUUUAAUCAACUGCCUGAUCAACGACAGCGCUCCUCACAUUGACGCAUUGAUACCGGUGGCAACCAGAGAGACAGAAUUCGUCAUUGUUCUAGCUGAUAAACUAGACGCGUUUCAUUUGCAACUACAUACAAGGGACCACCAAUUCUUAUCGCAUAUAUCGUCCAUCCUAUCAAGAUUAUUCAACAGCACCAAGCCUCCAAGAGGCAAUGCAUCCUCCGAGGACAUUCCGGGAAAGCAGCAAAUACUGCUCUACUUGGUAAAUAAACUUAAUAAUAUCUAUUUCAGAAUUGAGUCUCCGCAAUUGUGUUCCAACAUCUUCAAGAACUUUCAGCCAAAAAGCAUGUUCGCACAUUUCAGCGAAUACCGAAUCGACCAGCAGAUAGAAUAUAGAUACCUCCUGGGAAGAUACUACCUGUUGAACUCUCAAGUGCAUAAUGCCUUUGUCCAAUUCAACGAGGCGUUCCAGUCCCUUCUGAGUUUGCCUCUAACCAAUAGGGCGACCAUUAGAAAUGGUUCAAGGAUAUUGAACUAUAUGAUCCCCACGGGAUUGGUUCUCGGUAAAAUGGUCAGAUGGGAGCCAUUACGACCGUUCGUGGCCCAAGAAACGAUUGAUACCUGGAAUACGCUGUACAGGUACGUCCGUUUUGGGAAUGUUCAAGGUGUGAACCUUUGGCUGAGACACAACGAGCGUCACUUGUGUGCGAGACAGUUGCUAAUUGUACUUCUAGAAAAAUUGCCCAUGAUUACAUACAGGAAUCUGAUCAAAACAGUAAUCACUAUCUGGACUACCGAAUGGGGCCAGAACAAAUUACCGUACCCGCUAAUAGAACGGGCAUUGCAGCUAUCCAUCGGUCAGGCAUAUGAGGACCCCACAGUUCGAGAAAUUACUAUUUACAACGGCAUCCACUCUUCCAAGAACGUCGAGAACGUUCUUGUGACACUAACUAACCUUGGAUUUCUACGUGCGAACUGUUUCCCACAGUUGCAACUAUGUGUGGUGAAAAAGACCACCAUGAUACAAGAAAUUGUUCCGCCAGUCAGUGAGCGGAUUAUCAAGAUGUUUCCAGCACAGUCUCGCGUCCUUUGGUGA